AAAACAUACACACACACACGUUGUAUUAAAAAUGUCUAAAUUUUUAGACUAGAAUGCCGUAUCUACCGCCAAUGUUUCCGUUGAUCUUCCUGCUGGCUGGAGUCAACGCGGCUGGUGUCGGUGAGGCUUGGCAAGUUACACCAUAUGUAAAAUCAGUCUACACUGAUCGUCCAUUUCGACCACGAUUGGACUCCUCGGCAUUCGAGAUUCGCACCGUAAGCGGAGUAGGCCGUCUGGCUCCGUUCGAAGAAUCACGAAAUGUUCAGAAACGUCCGGAGCUUACUACACCGGGUUUCGUGGAACCAAACGCUCUUCCAGCAGAAACAGAGGAAGCCCUUCGCGAGAAUAAGAACCUCCAACAUUUCCAGAAACUCUUGGAGGACUUACCGUAUGGCGAUGAAGAGACUGCGGAUGACGUCGUCAAAAACGUUGAUAUACCUAUCCAAAGAAUUUUUCGAAAGACGCUUAUGAUGAAAAUCCUACACGCAGACAAGGAAAACAAUGACAACAACGAACAGGCUACGAGAGGAAUCGUACAACGUAUUCGUAGGCAAGCGGAGAAUGAAACGAGUAUGGAGAAGAUCUCGACAACAAAAAAUGUACGCGAGGCUCGUCAGAAUUCUCCCGAAAUGCGGUCGACCGCAGCACAACCAAUUUCUGUUGAAUUUCGUCAUCGUAUCCCUUUGGACCAGGUGAUCCAGCAACAACAAGAGGAGGAAGAGGCCGCGGCUCUGUCCAGCAUCUACCGCAGGCAUCAGGCACCCCGGGCGGACUUCGUGACGGGUCAGCAACAUCGACGCUAUCCGGAAUAUCGAGAGUCUAGGGAUCUGCCAAUCACUAAGAACUAUGACGACUAUGAUCGAAUGUCCUCUUGGUACAGGAACGCGUUACGCGAGAGAGAUUACGAGUAUCCGUCGUAUCGCCGUGGAUACAGCUACCAAUAUCCCGAACGCUACAGGAUGGAAAGAGAUUAUUACAUGCGGCCGUCGAGCGAUCAGUAUUACUACGAUCGUUACGAUCGUUACAGGGAUGAUGACUUCGAUCUCUACGGCAGAAACCGACCUACGCCAAAGCCUAGACGGAUCAUUUACUACGCAACUCUACCGGAAGUCGUGAGAAAGCCAGUGGAUCUGAGAAAUUAUCCGCGGUAUGACACGAGUGCGGCCAGAACGCCGGUUCUCACGCGACCCGACACCCACAAACGCGUGCCCGGCAACGUUGAUCCCGGCAAGUAUCGAUACAGGUUAUCGUAUGGUGGUUACGAUCCUUAUACGAAGAGAUCGAGCUAUUACGAUCGUCCAUAUUCCGGAUAUCCCGAAGACGAUUUACGACGAGUCAGAGUAUCAACCAAGGAGGAUUUGAGGAACGACAGAUUCGGAGGCAUGAACAGCGAGCGGAAAGUGAGCAACCUCGUAGCAAUUAGAGAUGACGAGGCGGGCAAGCUGCCCUGGCCGGUGCAGAUCGGUACGGAGGUUAGCAUCAAGGAAGACGAGAGAAUCCCCGGCCGAAAGAUCUUCGGCGAAUCGAGCAUCGGUUACGAGAGAUUCCAGAGUGCGCAGCUGCAGAAAGCGCCGGACGCGACAGGAUCCAGCGAGCUCCAAAGCGACAAUUAACACAUUGAAGAUUACGUCCGUUUAUAAUUUUAGAUUUAUUUCCUGAGAAAUUGCAUGCUGCAAUAUUAUCACAAUCAUAAUUUAGGAAGAGCAGUUUUGGAAUAUGCGAUGUUAAAAUAAUAUUCAGACGUCAAUUAAAUACGUAAAGAUAAAUACAUGAUAAUAUUAAAACAUAUAAUAAUAGGAAAAACAAUAGUUGCAUUUAAAAAAUAUUAAAAAAUCAAUAAAAUUUUAUUUGAUUGCUGUGUAUUAAGUCCCUAUUAAAUAUUUUUUAAAAUGAAAUAUAUUUUUAGAAAGAAAAGAUUCUUGAAAUACUCGGAAUAUUGCAGGGUUUACUUUACAAAUAGAUUUUUAAUUCUAAUAAGUAUUUGACAGCGAUUGUAAAAUGUUAUUGCAAACUAUCCUAAGAUGAUGGAUUGUCAAUAUAAAUUGCUAAAUUCUAUAUAAACAAAUACAGCAUUAUUAAAUGUAUAAGAUAAAAAGUUAUUAAACCUAGAUUGUCAAUUAA